AUGGACCAUUUAAAGCGGCUUAUCGAAGAAGAUUUUAAGUUAACUUCACGGUGUUUAGCAGAACAGCUUGGGUGCUCCCAUACUACAGUGGAAAUACAUCUGCACGAAUUGGGCAAAACGUGGAAAUAUGGAGUUUGGAUACCACAUGAUCUGUCACCACAUCAGCUCCUAUACAGAGUCGAUGCUUAUAUGGAAUUAAUGACGUCUCACCGCAACUACCAAUGGCUCGGCAAUCUUAUUAUUGGCGAUGAGAAGUGGGUGUUAUAUAUUAACUGCACACGCAAGCGACAGUGGCUAGGAGCUAGACAAACAGUUGCAGCAAAACUUCAUGGAAAGCAGGACAGAAUUAAUUUUUUGCAUGACAACGCCAGACCUCACAUUGCAAAGUCGACUCGUGAAAAACUAUUGUAG